AUGCACAGCUUCAUGGGAGGGGGCCUAUUUUGUGCCAUCGUGGGGAACAUCCUGUUGGUGGUUUCCACAGCCACAGACUACUGGAUGCAGUACCGUCUGUCUGGCAGCUUUGCCCAUCAGGGCCUGUGGAGGUACUGCAUGUCUGGCAAGUGUUACAUGCAGACUGACAGCAUUGCUUACUGGAAUGCCACUCGUGCUUUCAUGAUCCUCUCUGCCAUGUCAUGCUUUGCUGGCAUCAUCGCAGGAAUCCUCUCCUUUGCCCACUUUUCGGCCUUUGAGAGGUUCAACCGCUCAUUUGCUGCUGGGAUCAUGUUCUUUGUUUCAACUCUCUUUGUUCUGCUUGCAAUGGCCAUUUACACUGGAGUGACGGUGAACUUCCUGGGAAAGCGCUUUGGUGACUGGCGCUUCUCUUGGUCCUACAUACUAGGCUGGGUGGCACUGCUCAUGACCUUCUUUGCAGGUAUAUUCUACAUGUGUGCCUACAGAAUGCAUGAGUGCAGAAGAGUGGCUGGCCCACGUUAA